AUGAAGAUCGAGUUCAAGUUCGUCGGCGCGCAGGCGCUCGUCGCUCUCAUCGCCAGCGUGGAAGCCGCACGCCAUGGACACAUCAGCCACCGCCACGAGCAUGCCAUGGAGGCCCGUAUGGCGAUGGAGAACCAUACUCUGGAGGCCAGAGGCGGCAAUUGUCAAUUCCCCACCGAUGCAGGCCUCGUCGCGGUCACUCCCAAUGCGAUGAAUGGAGGCUGGGCGAUGAGUCCCGAUCAGCCGUGUAAGCCGGGCAAUUACUGCCCCUAUGCUUGUCCUCCUGGUCAGGUUUCCAUGCAAUGGGAUCCCAAGGCAACUUCUUACAGUUACCCUCAGUCGAUGAAUGGAGGUUUGUACUGUGACAAGGACGGCCAGAUCUCGAAGCCUUUCCCCGACAAGCCGUACUGUGCCGAUGGUACAGGUGCGGUUCAGGCCAUGAACAAGGCUGGAAAGCCGGUUGCCUUCUGCCAAACCGUCUUGCCUGGUAACGAGGCCAUGCUGAUUCCGACCCUCGUGGAGGAAUUGUCCACGCUCGCCGUUCCCGGAACCUCAUAUUGGUGCGAGACCGCGGCGCAAUACUAUGUCAACGCCCCCGGUGUCACGGUGGAGGAGGCUUGUGUGUGGGGCUCCAGCUCCAACCCCGUGGGUAACUGGUCUCCCUUCACGGCCGGAGCCAAUACGGCUUCCAAUGGCGACACCUACUUGAAGAUCGGCUGGAACCCUAUCUACCUUGAGCCUGCGACUCCCUUCCGCGAUGUCAAGCCCGAUUUCGGCAUUGAAAUCUUGUGCGACGGCGAUGGAUGCAAUGGUCUCCCAUGCCGGAUCGACCCUUCCUCCAUGGGCGUGAACCGGAUGAAGGCUCCGGAUGUCUUCACCGGCGCGGGUGGUGCGACUGGUUGUGUGGUCACCGUGCCCUCCGGGGCCAAGGCUCAAAUUGUGGUGUUUGACACCAGCAGUGAUGGUCUUCAUCUGGGCAAGUCCCUCAAGAUUGACGAGUCGAGUUCGAGUAGCUCCAGCAGCUCCUCUAGCUCCAGCAGCAGCACCACCACUUCCUCGAAGACGUCGACUUCCACUAGCACUGUUGCGUCUACUACUUCGACCUCAACCUCGGAGAGCUCUUCAACUCACUCUUCUACCUCAUCGACUCACUCCGCCACUUCCACAGUGGCCUCCACGUCUGCUGAGGCGACCUCGACCGACGCAUCCUCUUUCAGCUCGGACUUUUACAGCACGCAGUCUCUCAAGCCCAGUUCAACCAUGGGAUACACUUAUCGCCCGCACGUGUUCACCGGUUCUGCCGACAUUCAAUUCGCAAGCGCGACCACCAGCUCUGCCCCUGCCGCCAGCACCUCUGCCAAGCACAACAGCGCCACUUCGGCCACCGUUUCUUUCGCAAGUGUCGCGAUCGGUGCCAUUACCGCCCUGGUGUUUGCCUACUGA